UUUACAAGGUAGCUAUGUUCUUCCGGGGGCGUGAUCUUGCAUUUUCAUCUUGGUUGUCUCGGGAUUUUUUGCAGGAUGGAGCAAUUGCUGCGACUCGGCUAUGAGGAAGUUGUGAAUAUGUACAAUCAAUGAAAAGGAAAUAAGUUUUAAGGGCUCUUCAAAAAACUAAAGGAAAUAUUUAACCGUCCCGUUAUCUUAAACCUAGAAAUUCGAUCUCCAUUCUUAUGUUCUUCCAAGAUGGGUAUGUUCUUCUCUCGAUUCUUUACUUCCUUGUUCGGCGAUAGGGAAGCCCGGAUCCUCGUCCUGGGCCUGGACAACGCCGGCAAGACCACGAUUCUCUAUCGAUUGCAAGCUGGGGAAGUGGUGGAGACUGUGCCAACGAUAGGAUUCAAUGUAGAAACCGUACAGUACAACAACAUCAAAUUUCAAGUAUGGGACUUGGGUGGCCAGACGAGUAUCCGACCUUACUGGAGAUGCUACUUUCCAAACACACAGGCUGUGAUUUACGUUGUUGAUUCGACUGACACGGAAAGAAUGGCAACUGCAAAGGACGAACUCCACGCUAUCCUAGAGGAAGAGGAGCUCAAGGACACAGUUGUCUUGAUCUACGCCAACAAACAGGAUCUCCCGGAAGCGCUCGAGAGUGCAGCAGUCUCGGAGUCUCUCAACCUUCACAAGAUCAAGAACAGAGAAUGGGCCAUUUUCAAAACUUCGGCAGUCAAAGGCGAGGGAUUGUUCGAGGGCCUCAACUGGUUGAGCGACACAUUAAAAUCCAAGGGAAGAUAGCUCGACUCGAUCGGAAGAGAGAAACCAGAAUUUGUAGAAGCACGCAGUUGGAUAAGGUAUCACUUUUUUCCCUGCAAAGCUUGUUAACAGUUUUAUAGGAAAACGAAGCGAAAGUACUUUUCUGGGGA